CAAAGCCCAUCUAGUUACAUUAUAUUACACUCUAGAGUCUAGUAUAUACAUAUAUAGCACCGUAGUAAGCUGGAGACCAAGAAGCGAAGGUGGAGGCAAGCUAAGUGUGCAGCCAGCCCAAGUGAUAGCGAGGAAACGUUGUCGUACCUCAGUCUCUCUCGGUAUCGCAUCCUCUCCUCGUGCUACCACUUCAACAUAAACUUGUAACUCUAUUAACCGGUAGCAGAGCAUAGACUACGCUGUGUUGUUAUUUAUUUAUUUAUUUUUUUUAGUGCAUUGUUUGCUUAGUUCUUGUGUCAAAUUUAAUUAUUUUUAUUGUUUUAUUUUUUCUCACCAAUAGACUUCCUCGUGACCGCUGUACAAAAGAGAAACUUAACGGUCUUAUUUUGAAUUCAAAAUUCGCGGAGUUUACUCUGCAUUGGUAUUGAUAAUAGAAAAAAAAAAAAAAAAAAGGUAACUGAGGAAACAAUAAUCAUGAGAUUGAUUUAUUGUUGAAGAAAUAAAACACAAAGAAGAAAUAUUUCUGAGGCCAGUGAGAAAUUAUUUUGUGAAAUGUCGAAGGUUUGGAUAAUUGCGGCAAUUUAUUUAACUAGGAUUUCGGUAUUUUGUCUGACACCAGACGAAAUCGAAGCUCAAAGAAGUGGCUGGAAUGUAAAUCCAAAUACCCAGUAUCACAUUCAAACUGACGAGGGACCAGAGAGAUACUUUCGAUUUCAAACACUCAAUGGGCAAUUUCGUAAAGAGAAAAGACUUGAAGACGGUACUGUUGUCGGUACUGAAGGAUGGCUUGAUCCUCUAGGUUAUUUAAGAAUUAAAGAUUACAUCGCCGACCGCGAAGGCUUUAGAAUACUUAAGUCUAAGACGGUCUAUGUAGGAAUAAAUAGACCUAUUGAAGACGCUGUUGCUGCCAGUAAACGAGUACCACCUACAAGUGGAAUUCUAGUUAAACCACGUCGACCUCCUAAUCCAUUUAGACAACCAGUAUUACAAGAUUUUUCGAGCAACAGUAUUGAGAGCAACACAAUAAAACCAUAUCGAGCGUAUUCACCAUCAGAAAAUUCGAGAAGAUUCAUUGUACCAUCAACAACAUCCUAUCCACGUUCAAAUUAUUACUCAACGACAAUAACACCAAUAGCAAUUGCCAAUGAAUUGCCAAAGCCCAUAACAACGAAUUAUAUACGACCUUAUCGAGUUUAUAAUCGAUCUUACAGAAGAUCUCAUCCUUACAUUGGAUCACCGACUGUCGAAAUACAGCCGCCAGAAGAUCCUAAUAAUAAUCUUAAUGAUGAUAAUAACAAUAACAAUAACAAUAACAACAACAAUGAUAAUGACGAAGUAGUAAAAGUAACUCCAAAGUCAACUUAUGGACUUUAUCGUCUAGAUAAUCGAAGAUAUCGCGCAGCCCUCGCGUCAGGACGUUUUAACACGACGUCAAGACAAAUACGCACCCGUCGACCCAAUUACACAACUGAAAAAUCAGACAGCCAGACAAAAGAAACAAAAAGUCCCGUUUACUACAGUCUACCAUCGAAUCCUCGAGCUCGACAACCUCGACUUUCUCAGGGUAUUUCAUCAGCCCCAGCAGAAUACGAAUUUCCACAGUACGACGGGACUCACACAACAGCUGAUGGUUUUCAGUACUAUCUCAAGACUCACUAUCACGAAGAAGAACAACAACCUGACAAAAGUAUUGGGUCAUUUGGCUACGUAGAUCCGUUUGGUAUAAGACGAGUCGUUUACUACAAAGCUGACGGACAAAAUGGUUUUGUCCAUAAAAAAAAUAAUCGUUACGUAGGUUUCGAUGCCACUCCAUACGACCCCGUGCCACCUAAAGCGAACUGAUGUGUUAUUAAUUUAUAAUUAAUUAAUACGUUAAAAAAAUAAUUAUUUUGUGAAUUUUUAGUCAAGAGCCUUCGUCCUAGAUGCCUUACUCAUAAAAAUUAACUCGGCGUGCCAGUCGAUAGUUUUACGGUUGAGUUUGUACGACAAAAUGUGUGAAUGUGCUCCAUUUAUAUUUAAAAAAUAAUUUAAUAAUCUACUCCUUUUUUCGCUUCAAGUUCACACAAUCAUUUAUUUAUACGGCUUCCAUAAUUUCAUAAUUAUUAUUAUUGUUUUUAGUCAACCAUCUUUAAGUUGGAGAUUAGUAUGAACGAAAAAAAAGGUGCUCCAAGUCUUUUCAUGUCAUUUUAAAAAUACUGACGUACCCAAAAGUUAGUUUGACACAAGCGUAAAUAGCGCGAAGUAAACUUAAUAGGAUUAUCAAUUAUUAUAUUUUUUUUCGAUCACGUAGGAAGAUAGUUGACAAGUAACAAGUAACAAGUAACUCAACAUUCAAUUCCUACUUGUCAAUUUUUUUUUUUUACUCGGCUACUAAUUUUUUUUGACUCAAAUAUCUGACAAGGAACGCGACUGAGUGCACGUUUGAAAGGAUAAAAGUUUAAAGAUUUAAGAAUGGAAUAUUUUAUAAUAACUCAUAAUAUACAAAGAUUCAAUUGUCUCGAAUGGAAACUCGUAACAUCCGGAUAAUAAUUAUUGCGUGCGAUUUUCUCUUAUGUAUAUAAAAACACCGGAAGACUGGUAUUUCCUACGCACAUAUUUAUUUAAGUAAUACGCAUUGUUUUGGAUUAGUGACCUAGUAAUGAGAAAAAUUAUUUUAUAAAUAUUCCAAACAUGUCGAAACAAUUGACAUUUAUUUCUCUACCAAACUUUCUUUCAAACUGGACUCGAGUUCAUUAUCACUACGUGCUCCUCAUUCUUAUGAGACUUUAUGACGUUUAAUUUGUUAUUCGAAAAAAAAUAUCAAUUCAAAAAUUUAAAAUCACUUGAUAAUUAAUUUUAUUGAUUAAUUAUGAGUGUAAAUGUAGCAGACAUCAGACAAAUUUAUAAUUAUAAAUUAAUAGAGUAAA